AUGGCGUCCAUCACCCUCCUCUCCCUCGCUCCAGCCGCGACCUUCCUCCACCUCCCGGCCUCCACCGCCUCCUCCUCCCCCCACUUCGCCGCCAUUCCCCGCUCCCUCGCCGGCCGCCGGGCCCUCCUCCUCCGCGCGCGCGCGCCCCGCCGCGUCACCGUCGUCUGCAGCGCCGCGGCGGCGGCCGAGGCCUCGGAGGCGGAGCCCGUGGAGAAGUUCCGGCUCGACAACCUGAGCCCGCAGAAGGGGGCGCGGCGGAAGCCGAAGCGGAAGGGGCGCGGUAUCUCCGCGGGGCAGGGCGCCAGCUGCGGGUUCGGUAUGCGCGGGCAGAAGUCGCGCUCCGGGCCCGGCGUCCGCCGAGGGUUCGAGGGCGGGCAAAUGCCGCUCUACCGCCGUCUUCCCAAGCUCCGCGGAAUCGCCGGCGGAAUGCAUAUCGGGUUGCCAAAGUACGUGCCGUUCAAUUUGAGGGACAUAGUGCAGGGUGGGUUCAAGGAUGGCGAUGAGAUUUCCUUGGAGUCCUUGAAAUCGAGGGGCUUGAUCAAUCCAUCCGGCAGGGAAAGAAAGCUUCCACUCAAGAUUUUGGGAGAUGGUGAUCUAUCAGUCAAGUUGAACAUCAAGGCUGGGGCAUUCUCCUCCGCGGCCAAGGAGAAACUUGAGGCAGCUGGCUGUACUUUAACAGUGUUGCCCAAGCGGAAGAAAUGGCUACCAGCAGCUUAUGUGAAGAACCAAGCUCGUGCUGAAGAGUACUUUAGCAAGAAAAAAGGCGGCGCUGUUGAAUCUGAUGAAGCCACCACAUAG